AUGUUUACAACAACUCCGUUAUCACAAAUUGAUGGAUAUAUCAUAUUAUUAAGUUUUGGAAUUGUAUUUAGUUUAUUCAUAAUUGGAAUAACACUUCUUCUGCAAAGAUUCAAUGGUGAAAAUAGAAUGUCGAGUGAAACAUUUUUAACAGCAAAUCGAAAAAUUCGAUCAGGUUUAUUAUCAUCAUCAAUCGUUUCCUCAUGGACAUGGGCUGCUACACUUUUACAGUCAAGUUCUGUCACUUAUUCCUAUGGUAUAUCAGGUGCAUUUUGGUAUGCAAAUGGUGCAACAAUUCAAAUAAUUUUAUUUUCAAUAAUGGCUGUAGAAUUUAAACGUCGAGCACCAUUUGCUCAUACAUAUUUAGAAGCCAUUCGUGCACGAUAUGGUCGUGAAGGUCAUUGGAUAUUUAUUCUAUUCUUUUUAUUUACAAAUAUUCUUGUUACAUUAAUGUUAUUAACAGGUGGUUCAGCUGUUAUUCAUUCAUUAUGUGGAAUGCCUAUUAUUGCUGCAUGUUUUUUAUUGCCAUUAGGAACAAUUAUCUAUACGAUAGUUGGAGGAAUAAAAGCAGUAUUUUUAACAAAUUAUAUUCACACGGUAAUUAACAUUCUCAUCAUAUUAUUUUUCGCGUUGACAACAUAUGAAACAUCAUCUUUAUUAGGUUCAUUUUCACAAAUGUAUCAUUUACUUGUUAAUGCAAGUUUAACUCAUCCAAUUGAAGGAAAUUAUCAAGGAUCUUAUUUAACGAUUAAAUCUCGGGAUGGUGCAAUGUUUUUCUUUAUAAAUUUAAUUGGAAAUUUUGGAACUGUAUUUCUUGAUAAUGGAUAUUAUAAUAAAGCAAUUGCUUCUUCUCCAAAUUCUGUCAUACGUGGUUAUAUUCUUGGUGGUUUAGCAUGGUUUGCUAUUCCAUUUCUUACUGGUACAACUAUGGGUCUUGUUGCUGUGACACUCGAAACAAAUUCAUUGUUUCCAACAUAUCCAAAUCGAUUAAGUAACGAUGAUGUCACAUUUGGUUUAACUUUACCUGCAGCUGCAAUUGUUUUACUUGGAAAAAGUGGAAGUAUAGCAAGUUUUAUUAUGAUAUAUUUAGCAUGUACAAGUGCAAUGUCUGCACAAUUGAUUGCAGUUGGAUCAAUUGUAACAUUUGAUAUUUAUCGAACUUAUUUUCAUCAAAAUGCAUCGGGAAAGCGAUUAUUUUUCGUUUCACAUUUUUCUUUAUUAAUUUUUGCUUUGAUUAUGAGUAUUUCAUCAAUUGGUUUAUAUUAUGUUUCAAUAAGUUUGAGUUAUUUAUACACAACAAUGGGAAUUAUUAUAUCAAGUGCUGUUCUACCUGUUGCAUUGACUAUUUUAUGGAAUAAACAAAUUCUUGGUUAUUAUCAACAAAAUAUAUUUUUGGAAAAAUUACAAUUCAAACAACAGGAUCAAAUUUAUCAAUGUUGA